AUGUUUGGGAUUCAGGAAAAUAUACCACGAGGUGGGACGACCAUGAAAGAAGAACCGCUGGGCAGUGGAAUGAACCCAGUCCGAUCAUGGAUGCAUACUGCUGGGGUAGUGGAUGCUAACACAGCCGCGCAAAGCGGUGUUGGGUUGGCUCGGGCACAUUUCGAGAAACAGCCGCCUUCCAAUCUCAGAAAAUCCAAUUUUUUCCACUUCGUCUUAGCUCUGUACGACAGGCAGGGACAGCCAGUGGAGAUUGAAAGGACAGCUUUUGUGGACUUUGUGGAAAAAGAGAAAGAGCCAAACAAUGAAAAAACUAACAAUGGGAUUCACUAUAAACUCCAGUUAUUGUAUAGUAAUGGGGUUAGAACGGAACAGGAUUUGUACGUUCGGCUCAUAGAUUCUAUGACAAAACAGGCGAUUGUCUAUGAAGGACAAGAUAAAAACCCUGAAAUGUGUCGAGUGCUCCUGACCCACGAAAUCAUGUGCAGCCGGUGCUGUGACAAGAAAAGUUGUGGCAACAGAAAUGAAACACCUUCAGAUCCUGUUAUCAUUGACAGAUUUUUUCUAAAGUUUUUCCUCAAGUGCAAUCAAAACUGUUUGAAGAAUGCAGGAAACCCACGAGAUAUGCGAAGAUUCCAGGUUGUUGUAUCAACAACAGUCAAUGUGGAUGGCCAUGUUCUGGCUGUCUCAGACAACAUGUUUGUACACAACAACUCCAAACAUGGAAGGCGGGCUCGCCGCCUUGACCCCUCAGAAGGUACGGCCCCUUCUUAUCUGGAAAAUGCUACCCCUUGUAUAAAGGCAAUUAGCCCCAGUGAAGGUUGGACAACUGGUGGAGCGACAGUCAUCAUAAUCGGCGACAACUUCUUUGAUGGCUUGCAAGUUGUUUUCGGGACUAUGUUAGUGUGGAGUGAGCUGAUAACACCCCAUGCCAUCAGAGUUCAAACUCCACCACGGCACAUUCCUGGAGUUGUUGAAGUAACCCUCUCCUACAAGUCUAAACAGUUCUGUAAAGGUGCUCCUGGACGGUUUGUCUAUACCGCCCUUAAUGAACCAACAAUAGAUUAUGGAUUCCAGAGAUUGCAGAAAGUCAUCCCGCGGCAUCCAGGUGAUCCAGAACGGUUACCAAAGGAAGUAUUACUUAAAAGAGCAGCUGACCUUGUUGAAGCGCUGUAUGGCAUGCCCCACAACAAUCAGGAAAUAAUCCUGAAACGAGCAGCUGAUAUUGCAGAAGCAUUAUAUAGUGUGCCACGUAACCACAAUCAGAUUCCUACACUUGCCAACACUCCAGCUCAUACUGGUAUGAUGGGAGUAAAUUCAUUUAGCAGCCAGCUAGCAGUUAAUGUUUCAGAAACAUCACAGGCUAACGACCAAGUAGGUUACAGUCGCAACACAAGCAGUGUUUCCCCGCGAGGAUACGUCCCAAGCAGUACUCCUCAACAGUCCAAUUACAAUACAGUCAGCAAUAGUAUGAAUGGAUAUGGCAAUGCCAGCAUGCCCAACCUUGGUGUACCUGGUUCCCCUGGAUUUCUUAAUGGCUCGACUGCGAACUCCCCUUACGGCAUGAAACAAAAGAGCGCCUUUGCUCCUGUGGUCAGGCCCCAAGCUUCUCCUCCGCCAUCUUGCACCAGCGCAAAUGGAAAUGGGCUUCAAGCUAUGUCUGGGCUUGUAGUUCCGCCAAUGUAAAUUCAUUUUUUUUGUUUAGCUACUGUAGCACCAAGUUCAGAAGAUGAGCUUUCUAGGGGACAAGUUUAGUAUAUAAGAUAUGCUGAUGGAACCAGUAUCUUCAAAAUACAAUCAGCAAAACAUUGAAAUGCUACAAAAAAAAAAACUUUGUUUAAAAAAGUUUAUUUAAAGUACUAAGAAUCAACAUGCAAACAAUCAACUUCUUCAUGAACAAUUCCAUUUUAUUGACUGAACUUCUCUCAUAUUUUCACAUUUCUUGGUCCUGAAGAAAAAGGAAAAAGCGACACCUAUUUUGUAUAAAGUUUCUGAUUACGUCUUGGCUAUGUCUAGUACUUGCUAUGUGUCGGGAAAAACUUUGUGGAUGCACCAUUUUGAUUAUCAUGAAACACUGAUGAAAAAUGCCUCCAAAACAUUUUUCUGUACUCAUAACUAGAUUCACAAUGGUUGUGUAUCUCUAUAAUGUGAAUUAUUUUUUGUGGUGAAAAAAGGGGGCCAAGGAGGAGGUAUGAGCCAUCAAAACCGGGGUUGGGGGGAGAAAGGAUGAAUAUAUGAUUUCAGAUAAUUUUGGGAGACGGGAGGAUGGGAGGGUGGAUCAUUGCUUAACUUCAUCUUAAUGAAAUGGAACUUUGUAACUUAUUGUAGUUAGAAAUUGUAACUUUGAUAUUGAAUUCUCUUGCCUUCAACAAGCACACUGACAGAGGAAAAUGCUACUGUCUGUUGGUUUAAAAAAAUAUACUUCCACUGCUAGAGCUUCCUGUUAAGCAAGUGUGAUCUGCAACAUUUUUUCAACUUUUGCUAGCACUGUAUACUAUUGCAUUCUUAGGCUACUGUGAAGUCUAUGUUUCUUGUACCAGAAAAUUGUCCUUUUGACUUCUAGAUCCUACUUCCCUAAUGUGUUUUGUAUGUGGUUAUAAAAUUGUAGACUUUUGUGAUUUUGCCAAAGUUGUAGCUAAAUAUUUAUACACUUGUCUUGAAUUUUUUUCAGAUCCACUUAAAUAUUUAGAAGAUCAAAUUUUAUUCCUUUUAAAGAUAAGGAAUAAAAUAGCCCUACAUUACAACUUCCUUUCACAUGAACACUUGCAAUCACCAAGGGAAUUUAUUUUGUAACAUAUUGAUUAUAAAUAUUGUAUUUAUCUUUGAAAUUUUGUAUAUUUUCACCAUUUUUCCUGUAUGUAUGUUUUUUGUCAUUUGACUGGUAUUGUGAUGCUGUGAAAAGCAUUAAGCCAAGAAUCGCUGCCUUCAUGUUUUCGUUUUUUUAAAAAAAUGUGUUCAUUCAUUUCAUUUUGUAUUUCACAAAGUUGUUAUUUUUUUCGACUUUCCAUCCUUCUGUUAUUUUGAGGAAAAACAUUGUUUAUUUUUAUAUUAUUUUUAAGUUAUCUGAACAAAUAAUUUUGAAAUAAAGUUGUUUGUUGUAUAGUUAAAACAAAAUUGUGCCACAUGGCUGUAAUGAAUACUAGUAGAAAAUGUGCAUGUAAUGCGGCCACAAGAAACAGAAGGUUCUCUUAUGUUGUGUUUGGAUUUUCGUUUUUUCCUUUCUCCAUUUUUUCCGAUUUCUGAUUUUUUU